CUUUGUUCAUCAGUCGUAUUUAAGAUCCGGCUCGAGUGGCAGUAACAAAAUUUGUCUGAAAAUCGCUGAAAGUUUCUCAAUUUUUGGGUCGCACGAACUUGGAAUAUUUUUACAACUUUGACAAAAUGACACCUAACCCUACCGUCGCUAUUGUUGAAGAUGUGCCGACCGAAAUGCAGGAGAAAUUCGCGUCCAUUCUGAGCGAUCACGGAAUAAAGGAUGAGAUCGACACUAUUACGAUGGUCCACCCCCCAGAGUUGAAAGGGGAGCAUAUGGCCACUGCGACAGUCUAUGUCACCAUCAAUUUUAAAGAUGCCACUAAAAAACCGAAAAAUCUUUUCGUCAAAAAGUUCACGAAUAGUGAACUCUUUACGAAGGCGUCGAGAGAUAUGAAAAUCAUGGACAAAGAGUCGGAAUUUUUCAACAAAUUUUUACCAGCUUGUAGAGAGUUUUGUGCAAAAUUUGAAGGGUGUAAGGAUUUACUACACUUUUUCCCAGCGUGUCUUUACGGGGAUGAGAACAUGGUUGUGCUGGAGAAUCACGUUUUGGACGAUGAAUUUGUCAUGCUUUCGAAGGAAGAGUUACAAGAUCUGGAAACUGCCAAGCACGUUCUCGGAAAUCUUGCCCGAUUCCAUGCCGUUACUCACUCAAUGGUGGACGAAUGUGGGGGGAGGGAUGCAUUUCUGUCAAAGUGGAACCUUGUAUGUCAUGAACCUCUGAUGACCGAAGAUAAUCCUUUCGUCAAGGGGAUGUUUGACAAUGGGCUCAACACCUGCCUGACAAUUUUGAAGGGUGUCUCAUUACCCGAUGCGAAGGAAACUGCGACCAAAAUAACAGCCAUGAUUGGACACACGUUCACAGGCGUUAUGAAAUGUUUGGCCGUGAGCCCUGAGGACAAGGUCGUUUUAGUGAAUCAUGGCGAUUGCUGGAAUAAUAACAUGUUGUUCAAAAUUGAUACAAAUUCGGAUGGAAAGAUGGUCAUUAAGGAGCACAUGUUUGUAGAUCUGCAGAUCACCAGGUUCACUUCUCCGUGCGUCGAUGUUACCUAUUUUUUGCAUACCAGCGUCAAGUCAGAAGUCAGACGGGAGCACUUGAAAGAUUUGUUGACGCAUUAUCACAGCACUUUUUCUGGCACGUUGACCCGCUUCAAUAAAAAGUGCCCGAAUACCUUUGAGGAACUCUUCAGUGACUAUAAGAGCCGGGCAUACUACGGUUAUUUAUCCAACCUGAAUUUCUUCGCGAUGAUUGGAGCUUUAAAGGAAUUGGAUUUUGAGAAUAUGGGCGGAACAACGCCGGAAGAGAUGGUGGAAGGAUUCAACCGAAUCAUGAACGCCUGGAUUGCGAAUAAUCCAGUAAAAUCGACAAAAAUGGCUCAAGGGAUGAUUGAUGUUGUGAAAGAGUAUGGAAAUUUGAUGGAAUCUUAAAACAAAAUGUUGACUAGUUUGUCACACAAGAAUUAUUUUUGCCAGUAUUAUGUAAAUAAUUGCAUAAAAAAUUGCAAUAAAAAUGCACUUUUAAAUAAAGUUGUCAGUUAAAGAUUGAA